AUGAACAACAUGAACAAGAUGAACAACAACAACAAGAUCACCGACAACAAGUCGUCCACACUUUCGCCUGCCUUUGCUGCCAAGAUCGCGGCUGCAGGCCCGGCCAAGCUCUCCAAGAUGCUGGCCAACACGUCCAAGCGCCUUAACAAGGCUCUCGAUGCCGAUGCCCCGCCCAAGCGCAUCGCCCGCAUCGAGGAGCAGCUCGAGGCCAUCCAGGCCGCCCUUGAUGCCCACGCCACCGAGGCCACAUCUCUCGAGGCUCCGGUCGCUAACGCUCCGCCCAAGAUCCUCGCCCGCAUCCCGACCCUCGCCACGCCGCGCCUUCUGGCGAUGCUCGCCAAGAAGUCAGCGGCCCAUGACAAGGCCGUGGCUAAGGGCAAGACUGGCAAGAUCGCUCGUCUCUCUGGCAUCAUUGCCGCCAUUGAGACCGAGCUUGCCAUUCGUGACGGGUCGAUGCCGCUCUCGUCGUCGUCGUCGUCGUCGUCGGACUCUGGCUCGGCCUCGAUGAACAUGUCGGCCAGCGCCUCGGCCUCGGCCUCGGCCUCAACCUCGACUGACCUUGAUGCUGAGGACGCCAACGAUUGUGACGAGACCAACCCGAUGGCUUGGAUUGUCCACGUGCCCAUGCAUGUUCUCUUCCGCGUCAAGUCGCGGAAGGCUGCCAAGGCCGCCGCCCUCGCUGCUGCCGGCGACGCCGAACGCGCCUCUGCCAUCCAGGCUCACGUCGACGCCGUCGACGCCGAGAUCGCCGAGCGCAAGGCGUCGGGUGUCGGCCCGCGCAACGUCGCUGCCAAGGCUGCUGCCCUCCUCGACGCCGGCGAGCCCGUGCCGGAGGCCAUCCUCCGCCGUCUCAUCGCCGUCUCAUCGGCGCGCGGCCGCAAGUGCGGCAAGUUUGGCAAGGGUCGCAAGUUUGGCCAUCGCCACGGCCGCGGCCCGCGCUUCGGCAAGCAUGCCCAUCGCCACGGCCCGCCGCAUCACGCGCACCACCACGGCCCGCCGCACCACGCGCAUCGCCACGGUCGCGGUCCCCGCUUCGGUAAGCAUGUCCAUCACCACGUCACCGUGCAGUUCCUCCCCGGCGAGUCCGAGUGA